CAAUACCCUGUCGUCGUGCUGAUGAGCCACGCAAUACGGGGUACACUCCUGGAAACUGUACGAGUCUGAUCACAAACCAUCCCGUGGCAUGUAACGACGUGCAUCUAAUUACUACGUACAAUCUCGAACCUCCGCAUCCCACCCCGAUCAGAAUCAGAAUACCCUCACGAAAUAUGCGGCAUCGCGCGCUCUUGCUUUCUCGGCGCAUGUAAAGCUGAACCUCCCCGAUAUCCUCUAGUGCCGCCAAGCGCCCUUCGUCCCUUCCGCCAAUGCCUACCGGAACCCAUGGGGGCUCGUCGACACCGCGGCGCGGGUCAAUAACGUCGCGAGAUUUGAACAACUCCGGCGGGAGUAACAACGGAAGACAUGGCUCCUCUCAGCUCUUGGGGCCUUCAAUGGCUUCGGCUUCGCCAGGUUCCCCGUCGAACCUCCCAACAGUGUCGCCUUACUGGGAUCAGCCAUACGACGCCCGUUCCGACGAUGCUUUGAGUGACGACUCGUACUUGGAUCCAACGGCUCUACAAGCGGCGCUUCCUCCCGACUUUCGCUCCUCCCAGGACUCAGCUGUGGGCCACAGUAGUACCUCGUAUAACGACGGUGGACGGUUCGCCGGCGAAGACGUCCUGUCGCGGGGCCAGAUUGGCGCGGAUGCAGACACGGUCCCACUGACAUCGAGCGCGCAGCCCAUAUCAGGCUCCCUCAGUGUCAACAAUCACCCCGAGUCCCAUCCCAGGGAUAGCUUCCAAACGGUUUCCGAUGUCGACAAUAGCAUCCGCGGGCCAAGGGACACACUCCAUCCCGAAGAUGUCGAAUUUGGUCGUCGUGGUUCCAGACACCGCAGCUAUGGCAUGUCUCUCAUGCCGAACGAGUCAACGGGUUCGCGCCCUUCAUCGACAUCAGGCGCCCUGUCUCGCGCAGGAUCCAUUGUGCGAGCAAUGUCACAGAGAGUGGUCAACAUCAGCGGAGAAGCAGAACUGGCGGAGCAGAUUGCCUCGAGGCAUCGGUCGAGGUCACCUGCAGGAUCAGAGCGUGGGUUUGGACGCGAUCGGUCGCAUUCUGUCUUUGAGGACACGGCGUAUCACUCGCCCGCAGCCCACUUGGCUUCUGAGAAAGCCGAGGACCAGCGACGCUCGUCAGCUGAACUGCCACAUGAAGUUCCUCGACAACCGGCACCCAACCCACUAAAAGGCCGUACGCUCAACACAUUCACUGCAGACAGCCGUGUAAGGAACUGGCUUUGUGACUUGCUCGUUUACCCUUAUACCGAGCCGCUAAUUCUACUGCUCAUCGUCCUUCAGACAGUGCUUUUGAUCGUCGAGUCGGCCACAAGCGUUUAUAAGGAUGGUAAUGGGCGGCCCGAUCGAUGGGGUCAACGUUGGACAGACUGGGCACUGCUUGUUUUAUUCAUCAUCUUUACCAUGGAGCUUGUUGCGCGCAUCAUAGUCUCGGGCUUCAUCCUCAAUGCUGCUGAAUACAGCACCAUCGACCGGAAGAAGGGCCUCCGCGUUGCCUUGACAAACCAGUACAGAUCUAUUUUUCAACCCGAGAAGCAAAAGUCCACCAAAACCAACAGCGUGCACGUGGUGCCGGAGUCUUCCACAAUAUCAAGGUCUUUCACUACACUUGUCCAAGGGCAACAAGCACUCCCCGAAACCCUAGAGGAGCAGCAACGAUAUCACUUGGCGCGCCGCGCCUUUCUCCGACACUCUUUCAAUCGCCUCGAUUUUGUCGCAGUGGUAUCGUUUUGGAUCUCCUUUGUCCUGGGCGUGGCCGGCCUCGAAAGCCAGUAUCACCUCUACGUCUUCAAGAUGAUGAGCUGCCUGCGUAUUUUGAGGCUCUUGGCUCUGACACAUGGUACUGCAAUCAUCCUGCGGAGUCUCAAAAAGGCUGCGCCACUGCUGGUCAGAGUAGCCUUUCUCAUAAUUUUCUUCUGGCUACUAUUCGCCAUUAUCGGAGUUCAGAGUUUCAAGUCAAGCUUGAGUCGACAUUGUGUGUGGCUUGACCCCGAGGAUCCUACGAGUUUGGAAGCGUCAUAUCGCCAUGAUGAUCAAACUUGUGGCGGACACCGUGAUAACGACACCGGCCAUGUGCUUCCUUGGGUUUGGAUGGUUCGCCCUGGGGACCUUGCCGACCUGGUAAAUGGCACAGAUGACGGUAAAGGCUAUAUUUGCCCGAGGGGCCUGAUCUGCCUGAAACAAGACAGCCCUUAUAACGAUACGGUCAAUUUCGACAAUAUUUUACAAUCCUUGGAGCUCGUCUUUGUCAUCAUGAGCAGCAAUACAUUUACAGGGUUGAUGUACGACACGAUGGGGUCUGACUAUACCGCAGCUGCUUUAUUCUUCGCAGCCGGUAUCAUGAUCUUGACUCUUUGGUUAGUCAACUUGUUGAUCGCCGUUAUCACGUCGUCAUUCCAGGUCAUUCGGGAGGAAAGCAAGUCUAGUGCGUUCACAGCGGACCAUCACCGCACACUCGCACCGGAUGCAGGAGAUCAGUAUCGCCGACCUUCACAACUGCAGGUCAUCUACAGCAAGACGCGCUUGUUCUGGGUCUUGGUGAUUGUGUUCGGCCUUUUCUGCCAAGCACUUCGUUCAGCAAGUAUGUCAAAAGAUCGGGAACGGUUCAUCAACGUAGCAGAGAUCGUUGUCACCAUCGUCCUGGAUCUCGAUAUGCUUGCCAGGAUCAUUACAGAUUGGAGGGGAUUCCAUCGCAGCCGCCAGAACCUAUUUGAUCUUUUCCUGGCUGUGAUUACAUCAAUCAUUCUUUUGCCGGUCAUUAGGCGACACCGCGCCUAUGCGUGGCUUACCGUCUUCCAGAUUGUGCGAGCAUAUCGCGUGGUGCUUGCCAUUCCGAUUACGAGGCAGCUCAUUCUUCUGGUGCUGGGCAAUGCAGCUGGUAUCGCCAAUCUGAUGAUGUUCGUCUUCCUCAUGACCUUUCUCAUGGCUAUUCUCGCCUCUCAGCUAUUUCGUGGAGAGCUACCCGUGUUCGACGAUGGCGAGCUGGUGCGGGCGUCAUUUUACACCAUCUACAACUCAUUCCUUGGCAUGUACCAGAUCUUGACCAGCGAGAACUGGACAGACAUCCUUUUCAGUGUCACCGGCUAUCUGACAGAUCGCAAGACGGCUUGGAUUGGGGCGACGUUCCUAAUUGGCUGGUUCAUCCUCUCCUUCUUCAUCUUGAUCAGUAUGUUUAUUGCGGUCAUUCAGGAGAAUUUUGAUAUAUCGGAGGAUGAGAAACGCCUGGAACAGGUGAAAGCCUUUUUGCAACAGAAGGAGUUGGGCUCUUCAUCAAGCAACCUGGCGCUGUCCACCGUCUUCACUCUAGGGAGAUCGCAUCAACGCAGAGAUCCCCUGGACUACGGUCCCGCUAUGACUGAGAUGUUGCUUAAGGACGCCGUCGUUCGGGAGUUCCUCGAUGAGCCGGCCGCAGCAGAGCGUGACCAUCUACCCGAACAAGGACCGCCCCAACGAGCUGCGACCAAUCUACUUGGUAAUGUCAAAACAGGGUUUCUCUCGAAACUCUGGGGUCGCCUAGUUCGCCGCGUUGCGAAAAGGGAGCCGAAUCCAUUCUACUCCAAUACCGAUUUCAACAAGAUGAAAGAGACACUGGAUGCCAGAGAGAUGGCUCAGCAAGCUGUCUCGGCCUCGUCGGAGCGCCGAAGAGCGCAGCGAGAAUAUCUUGCAAAACACCCCACUUACAACAACUCCCUCUACUUCUUCACCCCGAGGAACAGGCUCCGCCGCCUGUGCCAAAGGCUCGUUGGUCCGGCUAGAGGAGGCGAGCGGUUUGACGGCGUAGAACCCAACAAAGUGGCAUGGUUCAUAUUUUCCGUGUUCAUCUAUGCUGCCAUUGUCGCCAUGGUAGUGAUCGCCUGUAUCACGACACCACUGUACCAGCGGGAAUAUCAACUGCGACAUGAAAACGACCACCUCAAGUGGUAUGUGUGGACAGACUUGGCAUUCGCCAUCUUGUUUACUGGAGAGAGCAUCAUCAAGAUUAUCGCGGAUGGCCUCGUCUCGACUCCUAAUGCGUAUUUGCGAAGCUCCUGGGGAUUCGUCGACGCUGUCGUGCUGAUCACAUUGUGGAUCAAUGUUGGCACGCUGAUUGUGAACGAUGGCGCAGUUUCGAGGGCCAUUGGGGCUUUCAAAGCACUGAGGGCUCUGCGCCUUCUCAACGUCAGCAACAGUGCGAGAGAUACUUUCCAUUCGCUCAUUAUCGUUGGGUGGUGGAAAAUUUUCGGAGCAGCAUUCAUUUCGAUUUCGCUGCUUAUCCCGUUUGCAAUUUACGGGUUGAAUCUCUUCAACGCGCUUUUGGUUUCCUGCAACGAUGGCGACGGCAUUGUCAGUCUACAGCAAUGCUUUGGGGAGUAUCAGGACAUCCCUUACAGUGACGAUUGGCCUCUACUGGCUCCAAGAGUAGCCUCGAACCCCUAUUACAACUUUGACGACUUUGGAUCUUCGCUCUUCACGCUUUUCCAACUUGUCAGUCAAGAGGGCUGGGCUGACGCCACAUACACACUGCAGGCAAUCACGGCCAGAGGCCAGCAGCAAGAGGACCUGGCUUCUCAGGGCAACGCCAUGUUCAUGGUCGUAUUCAACAUCAUGGCGACGGUCUUCAUCCUCACCCUCUUCAUAUCUGUGUUCAUGCGCAACUACACUGAGCAAACAGGUGUGGCGUACUUGACCGCAGACCAGCGAUCCUGGCUUGAACUUCGCAAACUUUUGCGCCAGAUUUCACCGUCUAAAAGCUCGUACGAUCGCACUGGCAGUCACAAGCUGAAACGUUGGUGCCAUAAGAGGGCAAUCGAGAAGCGUGGCAAGUGGUACCAGGCCGUUACGGUUGUACUCAUACUGCACCUGCUGCUGCUGGUGGUUGAAUACACGGGUGAGCCUUUCUGGUGGACGAUUACCAGAAGUUUAUUGUUCGUCGCCUUUAGUCUCGUCUACUUGGGCAACGUAAUCAUCCGUGUGUUGGGCCUCGGGUGGGCGCGAUAUCGCAAAAGCUCCUGGGACUUGUUCGCUCUCUUUACCGUCUCUGGGGCCUUGGUCUGCAACAUAGCACUUGCGGCGACUUCAUACGGUCGAGAUAGCGUGAUGCAGAUCCACAAGUUCUUCCUUGUGGCUAUCCUCCUCCUGAUCAUCCCUCGCAACGAUGCUUUGGAUCAAUUGUUCAAGACAGCUGCCGCGAGUCUGCCUGUGAUCGGAAAUCUCUUGGCAACUUGGCUGGUGCUGUUCCUCGUCUUUGCUAUUGCGUUCACCCAGGCUUUCAGCUUGACGCGAUUUGGCGAGGAGGCGGCUAGCGACAUCAACUUUCGAUCCGUUCCCAAGGCGCUCAUUCUCCUAUUUCGGAUGAGUUUCGGAGAAGGAUGGAAUGCUGUCAUGGAAGGAUUUGCGGCCAUUGAGCCCCCCCUCUGCGUGGAGGAGGACAAUUUCUUCGACAGCGACUGCGGAAGCAAGCCUUGGGCAAGGUUCCUUUUCGUCAUGUGGAACCUGCUGAGCAUGUACAUUUUCGUCAACUUGUUCGUUUCGCUCAUCUACGAAAGUUUCAGUUAUGUCUAUCAACGCUCGGCUUGGGUGGCUGCCGUUGAUCGGGAUGAGAUACGACGCUUCAAAGAAGCCUGGCGUCAUGUCGAUCCUGCUGGCACCGGUGCUAUCAGCAAAGAAGCCUUUCCACGUCUGCUUGGAGAGCUGUCGGGCGUGUUCCAGAUGCGCAUCUAUGAUCCCGAAGAUUCGGUCCAUCAGAUUUUGGACGACGUGCGGGACGAUGCCAAGACGGCUCGACACACGUCCCUUGCAACACACAGUGGCGCUACCGAGAUUGAUCUCGAUAAGCUGAAUGCAAGGAUUGCUAAAUUGGACGUGGCGAAGAUCCGUGAGCGCAGGAGGCGCUUCAACAUCUUCUAUGAGGAAGUUCUCGUCAGUGCUGACCCUGACAAAGGCAUCACAUUCACAAGUGUGUUGUUGAUUCUGGCGAACUGGAACAUUAUCCACGAUAGCAAGAGUUUAAAACUCGACGAGUUCCUCCGACGACGUGCACGGCUGCAGCGUGUCGACGACUCCGUACGACGGAAGACUGUCCAGGGCUUCUUUGACACGCUCUACUGGGCCAGAAGGUUCAAAAAGCGGCUCCAGGCUAAGCAGUCUGCGCGCAUGACUGGCGUGCCGCAAUUAGAUAUUCCGGACAUUUUUGUGGAUGACGAGGACGACACAACGCAAGGCACGCGGACCCCAAGAGAAUCGUCACGACGCCCCUCGCUUCAAGCAUCUCCCUCUCAUCUCAGCGUCGAUGGAGGCCACAACUCACCCAGAGUCUCGUCCGAAACAGCGGGUCCGGCAUGGCACAGUGGUAUUCGACACCCCCUCAGUGCACCGAGAUCCGCAACAUCAACGCCAUCGCCCCCCGGAACGCCGUCAGGAUUUGGUUUCGACCUCUUGGAAGGUGGACAAGCACGCUCUUCGACUGACUUCAGCCGCCCAACGAGCGCUGUUAGCCCAUCACAAGCUCGUGAUCUGCUGGAAGAUUCCGCAUGGCUCGACAGCAUUCGCCGGAGCACAACACGGCGUUCUGAUGGCAAGAGCUCCUAUCGAUACGCGGACCUAGGAUAGCAUAAAUGCAAGCACCGGUCCUUCUAGCGCAUUUUUCUUCAUUCUCAAAUCAUGAUUGUCACGGCGUUACAGCGUUACGUGUCCUGGUGCAGCGAGGCGUUUUCGGGUCAGAUCUCAGAUAUAGAACGGCGGGAAGCGAUGUACGUGACGAACGACACGA